CUCCUAACUCUCCCGCGCGUCGAUAGUACAACAUCGAUUUCUACCUACGGCGUACAUCAUAGAACAGCCCUGCUAGCAUGCCAGAUUAUCGCUGGGAAUGCCUUCGCCAAUAGCUAUUUCUCUCUCGAUAAGGCGGGUCAACAGCAAGCCCAGGUACCACUUGAUGGUAUCUUAAUAGACAAGGAUUACUACUUCAUCGUUGAAGGCUCCGUGCUUUAUCCUAUCGUCCCUAGUUUCCAAGACUGUGAGUUCCCCCACGACCGCAUCCCCGAUUGGUGGCCUCCUGUUUACGCCGGCUCUGUUACCACUAGAGACUGCAGUAUUACCAACGCUGGUUAUGCCGUCGAAGAAGCCCAUCUUGUGCCAAAAGAGGAAGAACGUUGGUAUAUGGAUAAUGAAAUGCAACAGUAUGGGACGGGCGAUAUCAAUAACCAAGGCAAUCUCCUUCCUCUUAGGAAGGAUAUACACUACUCGUUUAACGCUCGAUGGUUUGUUAUUGUUCCAAGGAUUGUUACUAUCGAUUCUUCCCUUCAUCCCUCCCUUCAAUACGUCACGCAUAUCAUUUCAGAGUCUGCAGCGGAAGUAUGGGCUACAUAUCAUACCACCCUCGUCGAGUCCCUCCAUGAUCAGUCUCGCGCUUACCUCUUUGCCCGUUUCGCUUGGGCUAUCCUUUUCCGGGCCAAGCUCUUCGUCAUCGCAGGCCAACGUCGUCACGUCAUCCGAGUCUCUAGAGAUGCAGAUGGCAAGAUAGAGCACAAGACAAUGUCUUGUACUGGGAUAGAGCUUCGGAACGCAUACGGCGGUGGAGGAUCAAAAACGGCAACCCCGCUACAUCUGAGGAAGAAGAGGUCCGUACAAGGCAGUCCAAAAGAAAGCGAAGACAGCUUUACAGAGUUAUAUGGGGAUAGCGAUACUGAUAUGGACGACAUGGACUGGAGAGAAUGGGGAAGACACAGAAGACAGGAGUCGUUAGAGGAGACUGCCCCUGAUAUCAUGGAGGAAACCGCCCCUUACACUAAGGUACACCUGGAACCAGCUCUUGAGGUGGAGCUCAGGACAGCUUUGCGCCAGGUCAUACUGCAGCAGGGUGUAGACUCGGGAGACUAGGCAGGGAUAAUACAAAGGUGCUGCGACUGAAGUAGAUCAUUACAGCAGGAUCACGAUAAUAUAGUAAUAACCUCUG